AUGGAGAACGCCGCAAUAAUAAACAACAGAAGAGUGAGCGGAGUUAAGAAGACUCGGUUCACCACCGACGGCGAUGUGAAGGACUGGGUCGACAAUAAGAAGAUCUACCGACCAGAAGAUGGCUUUGACGAGCGACAAGCUUUGGUGCAAUAUGAUGGACCGGCAGAUGACGUCGAAGCCGCAUCGACCUCGACAUCAUCCAGCGAUUGUCAGCCGCUAGCCCUGGAUGGAGGGUUUGGAUGGGUCAUCGUGCUGAUCUCAUUCUUCAUCCAUUUCAUUUGCGAUGGGCUGAGCUUCUCGUUUGGAAUGAUUUAUCCGGCGAUGCAAGAGACCUUCGACUCGGCUCGUCUUGGCGCCUCUGUAGUUGCUUCCUUCUACCUAGCAAUUCCACUUCUUGGAGGACCCAUCGCUGGAACGUUAACUGACAUUUAUGAUUGCCGAGCUACUACCAUUCUGGGCGGUCUCCUCGCCGGUGGCGGCACAAUAAUAGCAUGGGCCGGCCCGAACAACAUCUGGUUUUUUGGCUUUUUCUUUGGGAUUGUUACUGCGGUUAGUGGAUCUGGGGCUGGGACGCUGGUGUUUCCAUGGAUUAUUGAAAAGGUCCUCGCCCACUACGACUUCUGGUGGGCCAUCCUCCUCUACGGUAUCACCUUUCUGUUCCUCGUGCUCCUCGGAAUUUGGAUGCGCGAUGUCGAGUGGCCGAACGAGACCACGGAGUACAAACGGAACAAAUUUUUACGGAAACUCGACAAGAUGAAGGAGGACCGGGAGAGCGUUUGGAAUGCCGAUCUCGCUGGGUUCAAUACUUUGCUACCGGUCCGAGAAGCUGUCCAGGAACGGCCAAGACUCUCAAGAAGUAUGCCGGUGAUUCCGGUGUAUGCUGAUGAAUUCUUACAGAAGAUCGAACCAUCAAAUUCUAUCCAGUCCAUCCGCCAAGCGGUCCUCAACCUCCAGGACAACGUCACCCGAUCCAAAUCUUUCGGGCUAUUCCGGAAUCCAGUCCCCAAACUGGACCUUCCCCCGCUUCCAGAAGAUGAGAUUUUGACGGCAAAGCUUGAUCAUCUCGAUCUGCAGACCUCAACCUCUCCCUACAAUACCAUAACGUCCAAGAGCAGAACCCGAAUGUACUCUAAUCAUAGCAUGUCGAUGGAUGCGCUCGAUCAGAUGGAGAUACAUAUGGGUGCAAUGACAGAACUUGGACCAUCAUCUGGCUCGAGCAGCGAUUCAGCUUUGUCGAAUGACGGCGAUUCUUCGAGUUCAGAGUUGUCGGAUCACAUUUUGACGAAGCAGUCGAGCCAACCCCGUGAACUUUCCAUUGUACAACCCUCGAACGCUCCCGCAAAAAUUGUCAACGUCGAUAGCGGAAUUGUGAUGAAAUGGGACCGACAAGGCGCAGGAAUGCCGGGCCAAUUGAACCAGACGGCGCGCGGCAUUCGUACCUCGAUGGUGGCCCAUUCUCGUGUCCCAGCUAGUAAUGCUACUGGUUUAAGGUAUAUGGCACUCCGAGAUUCAUUUCGUGGUCUGCGCUCCAAGGUCCCGUCGGCUCCAACGCUUUUUGUGAAAAAGAAGAAGAAGAAGACGCUGAAGGAUGUGUUGCACUUGAAACAGAUGAAAAACACGAUCACCGACACGGCCAAGGAGUACUGGCGCCUCGCCAGAGAUUGGCGCUUCUCAGCCUACCUCUUCUCCAUUUUUCUCCUCUACAUGUUUUACGAUAUUCCAUACGUCAACUUCCCCGAGUUUGUUGAUGAACAUCUUGGCGUACCAUUGAGUCAGGCUUCAAGCCUUGUCGCCGGUAUCGGAGGGUUCAACCUGAUUUCAAUGUUUUUCUGCGGCUUUUUGAGCGAUCGGGGAUGGAUUAAGGAGCAUCUAUUCCUUGUUUACGGUGUGAUGAUUUCGUUGUGCGGUGUGUGCCUUCUACUGUCGACGAUCGCUCAGGAUUACAGAUUUAUGCUGGCCAUUUCUUGGCUAUACGGCUUCUUCAUCGCUUCUAACUACGUACUCGGCUCGGUGUUGCUCUGUGAGCUGAUGUUCGUCUCGGAUUUCCAGAAUGGAUACGGAUUCUUGUCGAUGACCCAGGGUAUCGGGAAUCUCAUUGGACCGGCGUUAGUUGGUUGGGUUCGCGAUGCUACCAACAGCUACCAAGUGAUGUUCAUCGUCGGUGCGGUCGGGAUGAUAAUUUCUGGGAUCAUCUGCAUUGGAAUCCACGUCUCCUGGGAGGACGAGGAUGAGGAGACGGAAAAUAGUCGUAAACCUUCGAAGAAACUCUCCAACUCCAAUGUCCACAACGCUGAGGAAGGCAAGCUCGAAGCAACACCGAGGAAUGGAAUUCUAUUGAGCCCA